GAAACCCAUUUUCCAAUUUUCUGUUAAAAAUACAACCAAGGAGCGAAGCGAAAAAGAAAAAGGAAAACACACACCAAAAAGUCUCUCGUUCGCCACCGCCCUCCGCCAUCCGCCGGAUCUGCAUUGUGAAGAGAUGAGUAAGAAGAAAAAUCCUUGUGUGUUUUUGGACUUGUCAAUGGAUGGAAGUCCCACGGAGAGGAUCGUCAUUGAGCUUUUUGCCAAUGUUGUCCCCAGAACAGCUGAGAAUUUUCGAGCACUUUGCACAGGGGAGAAGGGCAUUGGAAGCACUACUGGAAAACCAUUGCAUUACAAGGGAAUUAUAUUCCAUCGAAUUAUUAAAGGCUUCAUGGCUCAAGGAGGCGAUUUCUCAAAACAAAAUGGCACUGGUGGGGAAAGCAUCUAUGGAGGAAAGUUUGCAGAUGAGAACUUCAAGCUGGACCAUAGUGGGGCUGGUAUGCUCUCUAUGGCAAAUGGUGGCCCAAAUACAAAUGGAUCUCAGUUCUUUAUAAUCUUCAAGCGUCAACCCCAUCUUGAUGGGAAACAUGUCGUUUUUGGAAAGGUCGUAAAGGGAAUGGAAACCAUUAAGAAGAUUGAGCAGUUGGGAACGUCUGAUGGAAAACCUUCUGGUUUGGUAAAAAUCACUGACUGUGGUGAGGUUUCCGAAGAUAAAAAGAACAAUGCGGUGGAGUCUGAGAAAGGUAAAAGGAAAAAAUCCGGGAAGAAAGCUAUUUCUUCUGAUGACAGUUCUGAUGGGCGGGGCAUAAAACGCCGUGGUAAAACCAUCAGGGAUAAAAGGAAGAAACGAAAGAAGUACUCAUCAUCCGAGUCUUCCAGCUCUGGUUCAGAUUCCGAAUCUUAUUCUUCAGAGAGUGAUUCCUACUUGGAGUCAGAUUCAGAAGCUGAUUCAGAUUCUUCAAGUUCGUCUAGUGAUGGAAGACGUCGGAAGAAAAAGUCAACGAUGAAAGAUGGCAAACAGCGUAAGACCAAACGGAGAGAAGCAAGGAAAGAAAAGAGAGGUUUGGCUGGCAAAAGAUCAAAGCGGAAGUCCAAAUGGAGCUCAGAGAGUUCAAGUGAAACAGAAAGCAAGAGUACUAGCAGUAGUGGCUCUGAUGAUGAAAAAGCAAAUCGGCGUGUUGCAAAGACUAAAAGUAGGCCUCCAAGUCGUUCUGACAAGAAAACCCCACCAAAUUUUUCACGAAAAGAACCCGACGCAAAACUGCAAGAGGAUCAUGAUUCAAAGAAAACUGUAGUUACCUCAUUACAUGAAGAACAAGAGCCAAUGCUGAAGAAUGCCGAGCUUCUGAAAAGUGGCAUUGUUAAGGAAACUAAAUCCGAUAAGCCUUCUAAUCAACUUCCGCAUUCAGACGACUCAAAUAAAUCCAGGAGUGACCGAAGUCCUGUAAGGAGUGGUUCUAGGAGAAGUAGAAGCCCGAUCUCAAAGAGGGUUACAAGGAGCUCGAGUCUUCUUAAUGAUGCUAAAUCCAGAAAAUCUGGUCAAGAAAAGGUGAGAAGUUUUUCAAGGAGUCCUUCACAAAAAGCCUCUCGAUCGUCUGUGGCCGAGAAGGAUCUGUCGAGGAGCCGAUCGCCAAAUGGUACUCCAAAACGAAUUAGAAAAGGGAGAGGUUUCACUAAGGAGUAUUCCUUUGCACGGAGAUACCGUACACCAAGCCCUGAGCAGUCUCCUCGCAGGUCUCAUCAGUUUGGAUAUGGUCAAGGAAGGUAUCAUGAUAGAUAUCCAAAUUAUAGACGAUAUUCCGAGCGCUCCCCACCACGACGACACAGAAGUCCACCAAGAGGCAGGAGCCCCCCCAGAUACAGGCGAAGGAGUCGUAGCAGGAGCAUUACUCGCAACAGGAAUGGGCAUAAUAGUCAAAGCCCUCGACGCAGCUCUAGUCCAAUUGAAAGACGACCAAAUUUAAGCGACAAAUUGAAAUCCCGUCUUGGACCUAGGGUGGCGGUCUCACCCACUAGGUCAGCCUCAAGCUCACCUUCUGGUAAGCAUCCUAAGAAAGUGGCAUCUAUGGCUCCAAGCCGGUCCAGGUCCAGGUCCAGGUCAAGUUCACCAGGCGGUCAAAGGGGUCUAGUUUCGUAUGGAGAUAUUAGUCCCUGAAAUGCCCCUAUGAUCUUAACAUCUAUCUAUCUAUCUUUGAUUAUUGAAUCUGUUUAUGUUUGUCGAUGAUUUUGCUGGAAUUUGAACCGAAAACUGGCAAAUAUAUUAUUUCUGUGUGUGAUUUGGUAAACUAUAGAUGUUUUGCUGAACAACUUCAUGCCCAAUGUUUUAUGAAUUAUGUGUACUUAUGCUUUUGAGAU